UAAAAUCCACACAUAACCUCCAAUUUGACACCUCGUAAAAACGAGUAAAUCGUUUAUCCCAGAAUUCCCCUGCAGAGGAUCCCGGUGCGCCCCCCCCCCCCGCCCCCAAGCUCCACCUUUCCCCUCUCUCCUACCCCGCUUUCCCAAUUCCCCAACCAGGCCUCGGCCAGCUCAUCCAUCGCCCGAAUUUUGUUUGAAUUCGGUGUCAAUUCCACGCGACCAUCGGGGAAUGCACGCUGAUUCGUGCCCCACUGGCGUUUUUCCCCCGUGCUGGUUCGGCUCGUCGGCCUUCUUGGUCUCGCGGAAUUCGAUCCCAGAACUCCGCGCCGCUGCCGUUUGAGUCAUUUCCAGGGGCAGUGGUUUGGAUUCCUGGGCGCCGAUUUUUCUCGGGAAGAAUCGGUGCUUUGGCGCUUGCGGAGCUGAAUUUCGCAGAUUUGUGCGCGUCUCAUGAGCUGAAAAGGUCGUCGGUUUUGAGUUUCUUCAGGAUUCCUCCUGAUCUGUGUGUAUCUUCUUGUCCCGGUUUGAUUUCUUCCUGGGUUUUGAUCCUGCUCAUUAUCAGAUCAGGCAGAAAAAAAAAAUCUAUCUUGGUAAGAUUUUAACUGAAUUUUCUGUCCAUUUCCGCGAAGACUCCAUUAUUUUCCUCCUUUCUUUCCACGACUUCCUUGAUUUCUCCAUCUCCAGAUCUCCGGAGUGUACACCUUUUUUGUAAAGAAAAAUCCUUGUUUCGACAUUUCUGAGCUGAUUUUUUCGCAUAAAUUCCAUUUCGUGCUCGUUGUACACCAUGUUCGUCCUGAUCUGAUCGCCAAGCUUGGGGUUUGCCUCGAUUUACUCGAUUCCUUCACCUUUCUCUAGUCAAAAUGGCGCAGGAAAGCUGUGACCUCAACAAGGACGAGGCUGAGAUCUUGAAGCCUUCGUCAUCAUCCUCACCUUCUCCUUCCCCAACAAUUGCUGCACCACCGCCGCCACCAACAACCGCACAAAUACCAGAACCACUACCUCCACAAUCACCACCGACGCCACCGUCAGCAGCAGCAGUAGCAGCUCAAUUCUUGCCCAAGCCCUGUGGAGAUGUUCCCAUAGAGGCUUCCAAAAAGCGGAAGCUGGCCGAUGCCACCGCCACUGAUGCUGAAGCAUUAUUGGUGGUUGCGCCAGCUGAGCCGUUGUCGCCGGUGCUGUUUGUGAACCGGUGCAAUGUUUGCCGCAAGAGGGUCGGUUUGUCUGGGUUCAAAUGCCGGUGUGGGGAGCUGUUUUGCCCUCGCCACCGGCAUUCCGAGACCCAUAACUGCUCGUUCGAUUACAAGACUGCUGGUCGGGAGGAGAUUUCCCGAGCAAACCCUGUCAUCAGGGCUGCAAAAAUUAUUAAGAUUUGAGGUCAUGUGAUUAUGAACUAUAUGGAAGACUAAGCCUGGAGAUGCUGCAAGAGAAUCAUGCUGUCAUCCCAGGCAAUCCAAACGCAUUAUCUCUUGCAUAUUCUUGAAGUAGUUCCCACGCAGCUGAGCUCUCAGUAACAUAGAAAAGUCUAUAGCGAGCUGAAUUCCACGAGUCGGUUGUUGUGGGAAUUACUUCACUCUUGUUCGUAGUAUUUGGUUCAACUCCAUAGCUUCUCAAGCUACCAUGCACGCGGAAGGUGGCAGUUGUACUACCUGAGUCAUAUUUUUAUUGAAUCCAACAAUUUAUUGUAGCAUACUGUAAUCUUUCUUGA